CAGAAAUAUAGGAAACCAGGAAGAUCUGGUGAGAAAAGCUCACACUUUUGGUGUAAAACAAUAGAAGCCAGUGGAAAGUCCCCAUGAAGGAUGAUAUCACGUGUGUGUAUGUGUGUGUGUGUGUGUGUGUGUGUGUGUGUGUGUGUGAGUGUGUGAGUAGGAAGGUGCUGAGCUGAAGUGAGGAGCUUUCUCUUUCUCUUCUGUUGUGGUCAGAGAAGAAAUGCAUGUUUACAUGAAUAAACCAGAAAGACGCUUUGAGACCGAAGAGAGACCAAGAGCUGAUGACCAGCACUGAGACUGAGAUGGACGUGAGGAUCCCGGUGGAGUCUGAGUCUGAGGUGUGGUCUCUGUCUGAGUCUGAGUUCAGCUGUCACUGCUGCUAUGAGGUUCUGGUGGAGCCCACCACACUCACCUGUGGACACAGCUUCUGCAGACACUGUCUGGCCAACUGGUGGGCCUCCGCUCGGCCCCGCGUCCGCACCGACUGCCCAGAAUGCCGAGCGCUGUGGGUGGGCUUUCCCAAAGUCAACAUCCUGCUCCGGGACGCGGUGGAGAAGCUGUUCCCCGCUGACGUGAGCCGCCGGAAGCAGGCCGUCCUGAGCGAUCCGUGGCUCUCUCAUGUUCUCCAGGUGUUCCAGCAGCAGGAGAGGAGACAGGCCCCUCGCGCAGCUCCGCCACAGAACCCACCGCAGCUUCCUAUAAUGGACCAGCGGCUGUUUAAUGUGUUGAAUCAAGUACAGCUUGACAUGUUGAAUAUGCCAGAGUUCAACAUCCGAGGGAUUUGCUCUGGAAUCAGUAUAGUGCUGUGCUGCAUGGUCGUGUUGGUGUUAGUAUGGCGUGUGUACAGUGCCAGCUCCAGUCAUGAGGUGCUGCUCACUAAACCUCUCAGCAGGUGGAGCGCUGAUGAUGUCACUCUGUGGGUGGAGCAUCUGAGCGUCUGGACCAAUCAGUAUAAAGAAACCUUCCGCAGGGAGAAGAUCAACGGCAGGUUGCUGUUCUCUGUCAGUGACACUGAUCUGUCGUCAGCUCCGUUCAACAUCAGGAACGAGUCUCACAGACAGAUCAUCCUCCAGGAGAUACACAGACUCAGACAGCGCCGGCUCUCACCCAGCCUCUGGGAGUACAAGGACCUGUAUUUAGGGAAGACUCUGUUUCUGCUGCUGAGUUUGCGCAGGUUUCCUCGUCUGACUCUGCUCGGUCUGUUCCUGUUUGAUUAUGAAGACACGUUCCUGCCCUUCAUUCACAGCAGCUGCCCGGCUCUGAAAUCACCGGACCUCCUGACCGACACGCCGCUGGAUUGGCCGGGCUGGCGUCAGUGGGCGGAGUUUCUUCUGAUGUACUUCCUGCUGCCCUAUCAGCUGCUGUCAGCGUUCGCCUGGCGCUGGAUGAGCUCUCAUUACUGGACGGCUCGUGUGGUCAUGCUGCACGCCGUCUUACUGACCGCUCUGGAUGUGCACUUCUUCUGGACGCUGCUGAAGACGGGACAGAUGAGGACGCUCCCUAAGCGUGUCUGGAAGGAGCUGGUGAGAGUGACCCUAGAGGAGACUGUGUUGGUGCUGCUCUGGUCCCUGGUCCCUCUGCUCUUCUGUAACUGUCUGUUCUACUACAACCUGUACAUCUACCCCUUCAACACCGCAGCGCUCCUCAAACACACACUGCUGCACACACACACACAGCACGGGGGGAUCUGACACACACACACUGAGAGACACACACACACACUG